AUGGCUCAAUCAAAUUCUCAAGCUUCUUACACAGAUCCCCAACAACCUAGGCGUUCAUCUAGACUGCCAAAGCCAGCAUACAGGGAUCCUAACUUCAUAUACGAGGAUCUCCAACGCCAACUAGAUAAUUUUGAUGACGUGGACGAACGCUACCUUUUACCCUCACCUUCGCUAUUUUCUGAUUUACAAGAUCACGAUAGAAAAGAAACCAAAAGGACAGUGAAGCGCGCGUCUUCAAAGCAACCUACAAAAGUAUCAGAUCCGGGUUGUCAGUUUGCGGAGCUACAAAGCAAGCUUCAUGACCUCAAUCUUUACGAUCUAGGUCAAGACGUUCUCCCUCCUACAGACCAGAAACCAGGCAAGAUUACACAGUCUACAAGCACUCAUCAUCAGCUACCACAACCUUCAGCUUCUCCAGAGUGCGAUCUUCAACAGGAGAUUCGUCUGGCGGAGCUACAAAAAGAGAAUCUUGCUUUAGAGCUCCAAGUUUUACGUCUGCGCCACGCCCCAGUUCUUCUUCCGAUGGCGAACCUGGCGAGAAAACAAGUUCAUCUGUGUCUGCUGGAGCGAUUAGGAAGAAGCGCGCUGUCGACCGGCCACACGAGUUUGCCCCAGGUACUAGCAAUAGUAUCGAUUCUGAUAAGAUUGAUUUACCACAGUUCGUAGCGGGUUUUUUAGCGAUGAUCAAAACUUAUGAUAUUCCUAAGAAAUGCGCCAUGCUUGACUAUCUUGAGUUGUUGAUGCUCAAGGCCUCAAGUUACUCCUGGUCAAGUGUGCGUUCUUUUCAUUCGCAUAUUGCAAAGCAGAUCGAGUUAUGGCGUCUGGAAUGGACGAGCUCUAGCGAGAUUCGGGACAAAGCAGUCACCUUUUUCAAGCAUUCCGAUCUUCGCUCUUCUCAGUACAGUUCCAACGUCAACCCGGUAUCUUCUUCCAUUCAGGCGUCUUCAUAUCAACAGCGUCCACCAGCAAAACCCGAAGCAGAAAAAUCCUGUCGUCAAUGGAACUACUACGGCUCGUGUUCUUGUGACAAAUCAAACCAAGAUGUCUUCAACGCCCGUCACAAAUGUCGCGUCUGUACCAAGGAGCAUCCAAUGUUACACUGCCCGAAAAGGAGAAAUCCUAUUCCACCUCCGCAAAAUUCACUUUGA